AUGGAGAACGUAAAUGUGGAACCUAGUAACAACGACACUCGCAUAGACAUAGUAGAAGACACCAUUCAAGAAAAACCGAGUGAAGAUGAUUCCAUUAAUCCAACAGAAUUGGUCAUACAAAAUAUCGAAUCAUCUUUGAACGAGGAACUAGCUGCAGUCCCUGAUGCAUAUGGAGGUUUUAUUUACAAAAUCUCUGAAAAAUAUAGAAAACUCAGAGAGGAAUCGUAUACACCUCGUGUAGUUUCUGUAGGGCCAAUUCACCAUGGAAAGAGUCACCUGCAACCCAUGGAAGGCUACAAAUUAAGAUGCCUGAAAUACUUUCUAGAAUAUUUUGAAAUUACCAUGAGGGAUUUGAGUAAGUAUGCCACUUCCAUGGAAAGUUCAGUCCGUGCCUGCUACGAACACUUCAGCUUUAAGGCGGAAGAGUUUUCCAAGAUGAUACUGCUAGAUGGCAUUUUUCUUAUUCAGCUCUUUGUAUAUAAGGCUGGGGAAAGCGAAAGUCCAUGGAAGGAAAGAGAUAUAAUGCAUGAUAUGCUAUUACUUGAGAAUCAACUUCCUCUGUUUUUUGUUGCCGGACUAUUACGCAUUUCGGAUCCUGAUCAUCAUAAAAAGGAGUCUUACGAAGAUCCAUCGGCUCAUGUUCAAGAUACUUUUGAAGAUUCUUCCGACCAGUUUCAGGAAACUUCGACUGACAAUUAUAAGGAGACUUUUGAACAAUUAGACGGCUAUUUUCAGGAGACUUUUCUUAUAUGUGCGUUCGAGUAUUUCAAGGAUGUGGGGAUCACAAGAAGAUUGACUUUUUCACCAGAUUGUAAAGGAGCAUGGCAUCUGGUUCAUUUCCUGGCAAUCAUUCAUGUACCUUCGAGUGGAAUACCACGGGAGUCCUCAUCCAAAGGUAGAUUGGAAUACAACAGAAGUGCUAGUGAGUUGCGGAAAGCUGGGGUCCGUUUCAAAUAUGAGAUGGGAGGAUUUUUUGAAGUAUCAUUUGAUAAAAAGGCCGGGCUGCUAAAAAUGCCCCAGUUGACAGUAAAUGAUACAACUGAAGCAUUUUUCCGCAAUCUGAUAGCAUUUGAACAAUGUGAGAACGACGUCAAGUUCAUAACCAGCUACAUAAUCUUCAUGGACAGCCUUAUAAAUACAGUGGAAGAUGUGGAAUUGCUGGUUAAACAUGAAAUCAUUAACAAUUUGCUUGGUGAAGAUCAGCUAGUAGCUGACCUUUUCAACAAUCUGCACAAGGAGGUAAUAGAGGAUCAGAGGAAAUUCUGUUUUGCAGAUAUCUGUGAGAAUCUGGAUGAGUACAGCAAAGAUUGUUUUCACCAGUGGAAGUCCAGCUGGUUCAAGUGGAAAUUAAUACUGAAAAACGACUACUUCAGCAAUCCAUGGUCCGUCGUCUCUUUCAUAGCCGCGCUUAUCGUAAUCAUCCUCACUAUUGUACAAACUGUGUGUUCUAUAUUAGGAUUAUAGCAUUCAUUUAACAAAUGUACAAUAUUGACAUUCGGUUCGAUAUGGCACUAGUACAAAUAUAGGAAAAGAAACCACAAAUAAAAAAUCUUCUGACUUGA